UGCACUCAAACCCAGGUACAGCUUCACAGACGUCCCUUCACUUUUCCUUUUCAAUUGUACUUAUUAUAUCAAUUUAUUGUGUUUUGUGCAAAAUGCAGUACUUUUCUACGACUGUUAUUAUCAUACCUAGUAAAAGCUAAAGGUGAAAGGUUAUCAGUUAACUAAAUAAUCUUAAGUUCUCUGGCUAAUUUGUGUUAUCUUUUGUCUGAGUCACAGCCUGUGACAGGAUAAUAUUGACUUAUUUUUGUUUAUGUUGACUUUACAAAGGAAAGUAUUAGAACAAUGAUCUUGCUUUAAGUAUAUAUAAAUUUCUAAUAAUUUUGCAACCUUUUCGUCCUAUUUUUCGUACUCAUUUAUAAUAUUGAUACUAAUAUUGCUCAAAAAUUACAGAAACCUCAACUCAAGCUUUAAAAAAAUACUUACAUAAUUUAGCAAACCAAUAUACUGGAGACAUUUAAUGUUACGCUUAAUUAAAUAAAUCCUAAUGAUACAAUGCAACGAUCAAUCUAACAAGUAAUAGCUUUAAUUUAAUAGUAAAAUUACUUUAACUUCUAAUCAUAUUUAUCAUUUUUGUUCGAAUAUUUAUUCGACUUUUGCCAGUAUUUGCCUUUAAAAGCACCAAAUUAGUAAGAAGUAUCAAUCAAACUUUUAUUCCCUUCUUAAAUAAAAAAAGUAACAAUGUGAUAAAUAGCUCUGCAUGAUGUCUGAUCAAUUAAAAAACAAUCUCAAUUAAUAAUAAAUAAGUAGAUAUGCGCAUAGUAAAUCAUACUUUACUGAAGGUAUGAUUAUUUGCCUGCACUUUCAACUUUAGAAGAACUACAGUAACACGAUUAAAAUUGGAGUCUAGUCAUCGGGAAUAUACAAUAAACAAUGUCCUAUGUCCUAUUAGAAAGUAGCAGAAUGCGAAACCGAAAGGGGGUUUUCCUCGUGGGGUGUUUAAUAUUUAGCUGUUUCGUCUUAGUUUAUUAUCUUCACGUUAUCGAUGGUUUAGGGGGUAGUAGUGGUAAUUUGGGGUUUUUUAACAGACCCAGGUAUCAAUUCAAACCUGAAUAUACCGACUUGAACGGUCCCGAUGUUAACUAUAAGGAUCCAAAACUACUUCAGAAACUAAAAUCUCACCACUUGCACCGAUGGACGACGAAUAAUUACAAUUUGACCAACACCACGACAGACUACGACCCCUCGAUGGGACAAUCACAAAUAGUUCGAACUUUGUUCGAAAAUGAUGGUAACAGAAAGGACAAAUUUUUUAUCGAGUGCGGUGCGCUGGAUGGAGAGCUGAGGUCGAAUACGCUCUACCUCGAAAGGGUGCUAGGUUGGGAGGGUCUACUAAUUGAGGCCGAUCCUGAUAACUUUAAGGAACUCGAGUGGAAGAGGAGGAAAAGUUGGGCGAGUAACUCUUGCCUCAGUACGAAAGAGUACCCAACAAUGGUCUCGUUUGAACAAAAAGUAAACCAAGGGAGGAUCAGUGCCUUUACUGCUGGCUACUUGGAAAAGGGUUUCGUGGAUGUACAAUGCUAUCCGUUUGCGACUUAUAUGACACUGCUCAAUAGGUCAAGGGUGGACUACUUUUCUUUAGAUGUGGAAGGUUUGGAGCUACAAAUUCUUAAGACGAUAGACUUCAACAAGUUUGACAUCAAAGUGCUCUCUGUGGAAUUUAUCCAUGACAAAGAAGGGAAGGAGGCCAUCCGUGAAUUUAUGAUAAUGCAAGGGUACUACGUCAAAGCACUCGUCACUCAUCCUAAUUGGCUCGCGAACGACUUUAUUUUCGUAAAAGAAGGGUUAUAACCUCUCAAUUGAUGAUUACACCAACAUUACCAAAGUUAUUGAAAUAAAAGUAAAUUGUUAAGCUUCAAGA